AUGGCAUCAUCUCCCCAGCAUAGAGUCUUUGAAAAAGGAUCUUGUAUAUCCUUGUUGAAAGGCUGUGGUAGUGACAAUAAGUCCUCACAAGGAAAUGAUGUGCCAGUCCAAAACGGAAACCUCCAGAGGGAGGAAAUGAAAGAAACGCAAGACCUACUGGCGUCUGGACUGAGCAAACUGACUGUGCAAGAGAGAACAGAGGCUCUUUAUGACGUUCAUUGCGUGGGAGAAGAACUAAAGGAAGACCCUGAGAUUAUACAGAAAGCGCUUUCGGACUUUGACAAGGCCAUUCAGCAAGAGCACAAUCCAACUUAUGAAAUUGCCUCAAAUCAGAACAAAGCCUACGUCCAAGACCCCACGUUUCGCUUGAGAUUUCUCAGAGCAAACAGUUUUAAUGUCGGUCAAUCUCUUGGACAGAUGAUGAAGUUUCUUCAGUACAAAGCAGCGUAUUUUGGAGCUGAAACGAUUGCUCGUGAAAUCACCCUGGACGAUUUGACGACAGAGGAUAUGAAACUGAUGUUGUCGGGGCUCUACCACAUUCAGGAUGGAAAAGAUCGAAUGGGGAGGUUGGUAAUUUACAUGUUCAGCAAUAUGCUAUGCAGCAGCACUGUUGAAAGUCUGGUCCGUGUUUCGUUCUACGUAUGGUUCAAUAUCAUCCUGUCUGAUCAUGACGUGCAAAGGAAGGGUGUUACAGCCAUUUACUAUGACGUCAAUUCUAGGCCUGGAGAGAAGGUCAAGAAGCCUGGAAUCAACUUCAUGAUGAAAGUUCUGGGUCCUUUGAAUUCUCUCCCUGGGCGUUACACAGCACUUCACUACUGUCUAUUAAAAACAAAGAGCAGUCUUGCUCUCAACAGCACUGUUCUGAGACUUUCGGUAAACAAUAUUCCAGGUUACGUUAGAGUAAGAUCACGGCUUCAUCUCGGAUCUGACAUGGAGCUGCAGUAUCUGCUUAAGAGUCAUGGUAUUCCGAUUGAUACAUUUCCUGUGGAUGUCAAUGGCAAUAUACGUGAAAAUAUUCUGAACAAAUGGUUUAACAAACAUCAAGAAGCAAUCGACAAAGACACCCCUUCCGCGAACGCUCAGGUGCCGGAAUUGAAUGCAAGUGCUUGCACCUUUACCAAGCAAGAAGGUAAUGUAGAGAACGGAAAGGCUGUGCCUUCCAACAGGGCAUCCUCCGCUUCCGCAAGGACGGUUCAACCUUUGGACACGGAUAUUCUGUCGGGAAGAGGACGCAAGUCGCAGGACCAUCCAGGUAAUGUCAGAUUCCGUGACAUGCUAGAAGAGCAUAGUGUCGAAUACGACAAGGCUCCCCGCCACGAACGACGAAGAAUCACCACCGAGUUCACCCGUUUGCUCGCUUCCCAAGGGAUCCGAUUCCUUGACCAAAUAGAAUCUGGGGAUUGGGUAGAAUGCGAUUUCGCAGAAGGGAGGACAAAAGUUAGUCAGCAGUUUCGCACUCUACGCAAAAAGAAGUCUCGGGCGUAG